AUGACAUUGCCGUUCAGGUGUCACAAAGCGUGCACAGCCUGUCGCUGCGCCUCCGUGCUAUCGUCCACGGGUAUCACCUACCUGCCCAUUGCGGCGGGGGGGAGACUGGCCAGGCUGUGCCCCGUCGGUCUGCCGCACUUCCUGGACGCCUCCAACGGUUCGUCGUUCUACCAGGUGGCGGGACAGCAGCGCUUCCUGAGCAGGCGGGCCCUGGAAGAGCCGCUUCCCACGGACUGGGAGGCGCUGCGGGAGGCUGCGGGGCUGACGGCCUUCAUAGCCGCAGCCAUCACAGUGGGCUGCGAAAACGUGGCGGUGCUAUCUCUGGCGCACGAGGACCCUGACAAGUUUGACUCGCCCAUCACUUCCCCCCGCGUUGUUGAUAUCCUAUUUAAGCACAGGUGGCAGACCUCCAUGGAGUUGCUGGGUGCCUAUUUAGGACACCUGUUUCGAGAUCGGCAGCUGGUGGGGUACUGUGGAGUGGUGGAGGAGCUCAUGGUGGUAGACUCGCUGGAUGACCUCAUCAGAACACUCAGCAGAUGCGUUGUGAGAUUGCAAAGCGCAUUACAGAACCACCCGUUACAACUUCAACAACAGCAGCAGCUACAGCAGCUACAUUCCGGGCUGACGGGAAGCAGUCCGAGUGUACAGCGGGGCAGGUUCGCCCGUAUGUCAGCGGUAUCCCCCGGCUCGAACCACGACCCCUACCUCGCCUCACUCAUCCAGCAGUACCAAGUUCAAAUGCACUCGGUUGCGAACCUCGUGCCCGACCUGACUUCCGAGUCGGGACCAGGACUGCCUCCGCCACCGCCACCACCGCCACCACCAUCGGCGCAUCUGCUACAGCCGCAACAGCGGUACGGCGUCGCCGGCAUGCCGUCAUCAAGCGCUCAUUUUCCGCCGCUACAGCCGUCACCGCGACAACCCAGUGCCGCCGGGUUGCUAGGCGGUGGCGUGGCGGCGGCGGCGGCGGCGGGGGUGACAGCCGCUGCCAGCACGGGGCCCGCGGGGUCGCCGGCAGCGGCGGGCGGCGGCGGCGGGGAGAAGUAGCCUUAUAAAGAAAAGGGAUCCCGCACAAGCCUGAUCACCACUGCAGGGGCCCGGGAUAGUCCGGCGAAACGACCAAAGCGUUAGCGUUGCCACGACACACAGCUCCUAGACCCUCCAGAAAACCGCAGGGGGAGGAUUGUAGCCCGCGCGGCGCCUCCCCCUUACCGCCACUAACCUGAACGGUU